UUCUGAACCUGGGCACGUAGAACAUAAGUUUCUGUUGGUCGUGUGGCUAGAGGAUUGUGGGUCCAGGCAGGUUGUGCAACAUGGUGCCGCCCUUGUUUACCUUGCUAGCUGCCAUGAUGGCCGGUCACUCACUCAUCAGCUGUAGAGCAGAGUUUGUGGCCUGUACCAACGGCAGACAACUCUGUGACACGGCCGAGAGCUUGAGUAUCGUCAACAACAACUUUUUCUGCUGUGAGCCCGGCUUCAGCAUUCAGUGGCGACGUUCGAACAGUUCAGUCAACAGUGAAUGUGUCUGUGAGAGGUUUUAUCAAGAAACCCCAUGCAUCGAAGACGAGUACCAAUGUCGCGGCGCCACCAGUCGGACGUCAGACGGGGUCAAGGUCAAAUGCUGUCUCCAUGGCGACCGUCUGAACAGCGUGAGCAACUCCAUGAUCAACGGGGUCAUGGCCAACUACUGCAAGUGUAUCCGUUACGUCACCAGCGACAACCCCAGCGGUCAGACGGUCAGGCCGCCUGCACCCAGGCAGAUGACGCCCAUGGAGGAGAUGCAGAUGCUGGGGGCCCUGGGGCUCCUGCCCGAGGAGCUCCAGGCCCAGAUGGGGCCCAUGUCGGGGCAAGCACAAAAUAACGUGGAUGCUAGCUUGGGUAGAUGGGCUUCUAGCUUUAUGGAAGGCUUAGUGCAAGGGCUUGUUAAGGCUGUUGAUCAAGCCAAUCAAACCAGAGGAACCAACACAGCACGCAGGCGAGUCACAGCCCCACAAACAUUGGCUGCGUCCAACAUACAACGCGGCAUACAACAACAGUAUAUGGCGAAUGUGCCUAUGCAGCGAAUGAACGGAUUAACGCCGUACAACACAGCACAGAUCCAUGGACUGAAUGGAUUUCCCCGCAACUCUCCGUACACCCAGAGUCUAAACGUCAAGCCCUUAGCGCAAGCGUCGCCUAGCAACACCAACCGAGUCAGCGAACGAAACCCCUACAGCAACGUUAGGCCAUCUAAUCCAAUACAUUAAUGAUUUCAUCCCAGCACAGUGUCCUGGCUAAAAUUAUUCCUACAUAAAUAACGGGCACCCAUUUGACCACAGUGAUUACAUCAUAAUUCUAACACACUGAAGUAUUUAUUAUUAUAUUUUAUUCAACUUUUCCGAGGGUUCUUUCGUUUCCCUCCCUCUUUCUGAAUUCCUCCACUCAUAAUCGAGACCCACCCUCUAAAAAAAAAAUAAACAUCGCACUCAAGUCAACAGUUCUCCCCAACCACUAUUUCCGUUUCCUUUUUUAAAGGGAUAUAACAAAGUUUAGGCGUUUUACAUGUAAAUAUAAAUUGAGUAGUUUCCCUUGGUUUAAAACAAACGCAUUUUUAAUGUAAUUUAAUAUAUAUAAGUAGCUUACAAUUCUGGGUAAUUAGUAGACUAUUUAGAUUAAUUUUCAUGUAUAAUUUGAUAAAACGCCAUGCUUCAGUUGAAAAAGAAUUUUUGUUGUUCUUUCUCCCCGAAUCUCCCUUCCCCCCUUUACAAGGACUGUGACGUCGAUCAUGGAUGGCCCCUUACAAAAUAUACACUGGGUAACAUUUGUUACAUCCCCUGCUCUCUCGCAACGUCAAAGUAAUGGUUCCUGAUCUUUCCCUCCCCGUCCUCACGUAAUUUAUAAUUGACUUCUAGAAUUAUCUAUGUCUAUGUAUUUGUAAACGUCGUGGAACUCAUUCAAAAUUAAUAUUCAAAUUACUAGAUUAAAUUAUUUUUAUUAAUGUUUAGGCCUACUUGUUUGUUUAUAAUAUAUACAUCGUAGAACAGAUUUCGGUGGUUUGGAUUAUCGAACCUUUUUUUCAGUUGGUUGUAGUUUCUUUAGCCAGUUUCGAAUGUAGAGGUUUAACCAAACAAUUAAAUCUUUCUUUUUUUUUUAAUAUUAGACUAAUAUUCAAUAAUUAGAUCAAGUCAAAAUGGUAAACAUUUCUAAAAGUUGUGUAAAGCCUACAGAAAAUACAGCUUUUUU